AUGCUUGGUCUUGGUGGUGAUGCUAAGCUUGCAACACUUGGUCUUGGUGGUGAUGCUGAGCUUGCAAUGCUUGGUCUUGGUGGUGAUGCUGAGCUUGCAAUGCUUGGUCUUGGUGAUUAUACUGAAUAUGCGAUGAUUAAUUCUGAUGAUGAAGCU